AUUCAUGAAGGAUAAGCUUCCCUGUUCUGCCUCCACGGACAAAGGCUUCUUCUUCUUCCUUUGCGAUCAUUCAUAGCUGAGUAAGAUUGUCUUCCAUGAACACAGUUUUAACAGUGAAUCCGUGACUGUGGAGGCCAAUUCUGGAUCCACACGUCCUUCCAAGUGGGGACAGAGGUUUCUGGAUGGGAGUUGACCAUGGUGAGGGUUUGCCAAAUGUGUCUUCCUCUUAGCAUGUUUCUCCCUUAAGUCCUUAGUCUGAGCGUCUUCAAAGCCUAUGACACCUUUGGUAAAGGCUGUUCUCCAGUUGGAGCACUCACAGGCCAGUGUUUCCCAAUUAUCGGUGUUUAUACUGCAUUUUUUAAGAUUUGCCUUGAGAGAGUCUUCAAACCUCUUGUUGAACACCAGCAUUACACUUUCCAUUUUUAAGUUUGGAAUAUAGUAGUUGCUUUGGAAGACUAUAAUCAGGCAUCCACACAACAUGACCAGUCCAACGAAGUUGAUGUUGAAGAAUCAUUGCUUCAACACUGGUGAUCUUUGCUUCUUCCAGUACACUGAUAUUAGUUCGCCUGUCUUCCCAAGUUAAUGUGUAAAUUUUUUCGGCGACACCGUUGAUGGAAUCUUUUGAGGAGUUGGAGAUGGCGUUUAUAAGUGGUCCACAUUUCACAAGCAUACAGUAAGGUUGGUAGUAAAAUAGCUUUGUAAACAAGUAUUUUGAUUUCCCUGCAAAUGUCAAACACACUGCACUUCAGUUGGGAGAAAGCUGCAUUCGCAGAGCUUGGGCAAUGCUGGAUUUCGGCAUCAAUGUCGGCCCUUGUGGAAAGAUAACUGCCCAGGUAGGAGAAGAGCUGCCUGCAGUCUGACGGUGAGAAACAACUGCAAGAUGUUGGAUUCCACAGGCCUUUCAUCUGAUCCAGGUUUAUUUUUAUUUUCUUUAUUUGAUUUAUACGCCGCCCUUCAUCAAAAGAUCUCGGGGCAGUUCACAAGAUAAAGAAUACAAAAUAAAAGCACAAAUAGUUAAAACAGCAAAACAACAACCUCAUAAGAGGUUGCAAUCAAAGCACCUCUGGCAGCAUUUUUUUAAAAACCAUGAUUAUUUUUUAUGUUACUUCUACUUCAGCCAGUUACUUAAAUGGGCAGUUGCCCAAAACACUUGUGGGUCCGGCACCAUGAUUUUAAGUCUUGAGGGCCACAUUCCCUUCUGGGCAAACACCCAAGGGCCACAUAUCACGGGUGGGCCAAAAGUAGAUUUGUUUAUUCUUGUACAGGAAGCUUGCUUCUAAAGAUCCUCCCACUCUCUUCGUUCAGACAAGCAAAGAGGCAUUAUCAAGGGUUCAAGUGCCUAUUGCAGUGGGGUCAGUGAGGGGGUGCUUGCUGGAGAACUUUGCAAGGGUAAGAUAAAGAGGCUUUGGGGGGGGGAGUCUCAUCAUGCCCCAAGGCCUGAAUCCUCCCCACUGGCUUACCGGGUGACGAUUACUUGGAAGCAGUUAUCCACUUCACUUUUGCAAAGGUUUGCAGCCCUAAAAUCCCCCCCCUCCAAGAAAUCUAGGACUGUUAUCUGCAGCAUGAAAUAAGAGGAAACGUGAAACCAGGAACUACUCGACAGCUGGCUGUGUUUGCUUCCUGAAAGCCACCUCCCACGAUCUACUGAAAGUGAAAGCAGAACGAGAAGUUUCUCGCGUGAAAUGGCGUCUUUUUUUCCUGCCACCUGUGAAGAAGGACCAGCAGCAGUAGCGACCCAGGCCGUGGAGUGAUCUGAGUACGCACAGAUCCCUAUUUGCCUCGGCUCUCUCUGGCCCUCCAUAAAAGUCAGCUUCCAGAAGACCAGCAAGGCUGAGCAUCACUGUAAUCGGGCAGUCUUUAGCGAGUGGCAUCAUAGCAAGGUGGAAUCCAAAAUGGCUGCAAGCUGCAGAGGUGUUGUAAUAACCGAAGGGGACCUGCAACGCUUUGGCGAACACUUAGAGGCUUUCGCAGAAAGCCAGCUAAGGAGAGUCACAGAGUAUUUCCACCCGGAUUUGAUCUACGUCAUCGAAAAUUACAUCGCCCAGGUGGUUCAGGAACUGAGGAGCAGGAAGGUCAUUACACCUGAGCAAGCCCAGAUCUAUGAAAAAAUAGAGAAGCGCCAGGAUUCAACUGUAGCAGCAGAGAAGCUAGUUGCUGACCUUGCCAGUAACAAGGCUUUGGCAAUAGGGCUUUGGAAGAGUGUCUACGCUCUGAGGCGCCACUGGUCUCAUCCCAACCUUGAGGUGAUGGUGGGGGAAAUCGCCCGCAAAGAUCAAGCGCUACUCAAGGAGAUUCUUCUAAAUGAAACCGGACACAACCUUGCCCCGGAAAUGAAAGCUUGUCAGGUUGAACACAGACGUAUUCUGUGUGAACAGACCAAGUUGCUGAAAGAAACCGGCCCAAUAACACGGCCCGAACAUGGGCAAAGUUUCCCCAUCCUCAACCGCUAUGUGGAUAUAAAAAUAGUCGCUGGUGUCGACUUCAGGAGACAAACGUUUCAAGAACAUGAGGCCCUGGCUGCUGCUGCUGGAGAGCUGUACGAAUAUCGCGUCCGCCGCAAGAUGCAGGGGGAGCUGGAGCGGAUCACCCUGGACCGCCUUUUCCGUUGUUGCUAUCCAUCAGGCCGCACGGCCCACUUUGUGAUGGUAAGCGGCGUGGCUGGGGUCGGCAAGAGCACCCUAGCGCAGAAGUUUGUCUUCGACUGGGCCACUGGAAAACACUACCAGAAAUUCACUUUUGUUUUCUUCUUCAAAUUCCGAGACCUCAACACGGUGGGGGGAAUGACCAGCCUAAAAAGCCUGAUCCAGGAGAAGUAUCCCAGUUUACCCUCUAAACUUGACACAAUUCUACAGGAACCCCAAAAAUUGCUGUUCAUAUUUGACGGUUUGGAUGAGAGCAACAGUAACCUUGACUUGGGCAGGAACGCGGAAUUUUGUGCCCAACCAGAAGAUGUGAAACCGGUUGGGGUGAUUGUGGCCAGCUUGCUGAAAGAGAGGCUUCUGAAGGGAUGUUCCGUCCUCCUGACCAGCCGCCCAAGCAAUCUUGCCCGUUUGGAGAGAGGGAUCUUCCACAGAGUGGCCAGUAUUGUGGGCUUCCUCUCCCAGGAAAGAGAAAAGUACUUCCACAACUUCUUUGGAGAAGCUGAGGUGGCCAAGGAGGCUUUGGCCCACGUGAGGGAGAGCCAGGUUCUGUACACCCUCUGUUACAAUCCUUCUUACUGCUGGAUUACUUGCACAGCCUUGCAGCCUUGUUUCGUCCCCAAGGCCGGACAGCCACACACCCUUCCCAAAACGGUAACUCAGCUCUUUGUGAGCUACACCAGGCAUGUGAUGGUCAAUCACACCAAGGAGCUCCCUGAGUGUGAAAGGGCGCGGGAGAUGAUGAUACAACUUGGCCGGCUGGCUGCGUAUGGCCUCCGGCAUCGCACUCUUCUGUUUGAUCAGGCGCUAUUGGACAAGUUUAAUGUGGCUUCAUCUCCCCUCCUCAAAACCUUCUUGGUGGAAAACAUACAAAGUGCCACUUCACCUCCUGCCGUCACCUAUUCUUUUGUCCACCUCACUGUCCAAGAGUUUUUUGCUGCCCUCGUCCAUUACUUAGACUUCAAGGAGGACAGUUUUGGAGAUAUAAUGGCAGCAGUCCAAAACGACCAAGGUGGGGAGUAUGAAAUUUUUCUUCGCUUCCUCUCUGGCUUGUCUCACUCUUCAACCAGGGUACCAUUGGAGUCUAUUCUGGGGAAGUUCUCACCAGUGACCACUAGGCAAGUCCUUGACUGGAUCCUUCGUAGGGAAACGGAUCUUGAUGGGAAAAAGAGGGCCUUGAAUUUCUUCAAUUUGCUUUUUGAGGCACACAACAAGUCACUUGUGUGUCAGGCAUUGGGGGAUGAUGCCUCCAUGGACUUUUCGGAACUGUACCUGAUGCCUGUGGAUUGUGUCAUCCUUGCUUAUGUGCUGAGAUGCUGCGGUAAGAUUGACCUCCUAAAUCUUGAUGCGUGCUUCAUUCAGAACGAGGGACUGCAGAGGCUCAGCCCUGAGCUGCACAUAAUCAGAGAACUGAGUCUUCGCAAGAAUGAGCUGAGCAAUCAAUCUGCAAAGGAGCUUGUUUCUAUCUUGAAACAUACAGAGUGUCGACUGGAAAGCCUGAGCUUGGCAAAUAAUGCGCUUACUGGACAGUGCUGUAAAGACCUGAGGUUGGCCCUCUUGGAGAAUCGGACCCUUUUAAAUCUUGACCUGUCCAAGAACAAGCUGCAUGAUCAGGGACUCUCUGAUUUAGUGGAGCUGUUCAGCAAUUCGCAGAGCAGGAUACAGAAACUAGUAAUCCGGGAAAACGCCUUCUCCGAUGUGUCCUUUGGGGCACUUUGCUCUGCUCUAGCCAACAACAACAGCCUCAGGUAUCUGGACGUGAGUGGCAACCCUUUGACGGAUGAGUGUGCUGAAGAUGUGCACACUCUCAUUUUGACCUGUCCUGCUCUUACAGAAAUCAGCUUAAACUUAACUGAUAUCAGUCCAACGAUGGAAGAACAUCUGAAAAAGCUGGAAGGUUGCAGAGAAGGCAUCAAGAUCUACAUUUAAAACUCAUCCCCCCCAAUUAUUUUUUAUUAAUUUUCCAAAUUAUUACUCCUGCUCAUUCUUCUUGCUCUGCGUUGCCCCAUCGCACUCCUGGUCCGAUCCAAAAAUAAUUUUAAAUAAAAUCCAUUCAACCUCAGUCGAGGGGGGAGGGCAUAAUAAAACCAACGACAAACUUAGUUGGUCUCUAAGGUGCUGAAGCUGAGGCUCCAAUACUUUGGCCCAGUGUUUCUCAACCUUUUUUGGGCCACGGCACACUUGUUCCGUGAAAAAAAUCACGAGGCACACCACCAUUAAAAAAGUUUAAAAAAUUAACUCUGUGCCGCCCUAUAUUGACUAUAAUUAUGACUGUAAGAAACACUUGCCAAUUGCUGCGUUGGUUGCAAUCUCCUGUAAUAAGGCUUCACAAGCCGUCCGGCGGGUCAGUGCUGAGUCUUGGUGGCCGCCAGGCUCGUUUGCACUGAGCUUUGGGAAAGAGGAGGAGAAAUAUUGCUUUCCGGCGGGUCAGUGCUGAGUAUUGGCGGCCGCCAGGCACGUGACAAUGCAAAUCACCCUUCUCAUCGCUGCACGUCGCGGCACACCAGCCAGCGUCUCGCGGCACACUAGUGUGCCGCGGAACAGCGGUUGAGAAACGCUGCUUUGGCCACCUCAUGAGAAGAGAAGACUCCCUGGAAAAGACCCUGAUGUUGGGAAAGAUGAAGGGGACGACAGAGGACGAGAUGGUUGGACACUGUUCUCGAAGCUACAAACAUGAGUUUGACCAAACUGUGGGAGGCAGUGCAAGACAGGAGUGCCUGGAGUGCUCUGGUCCAUGGGGUCACGAAGAGUCAGACACGACUAAACAACAACAAAAGGUGCUACUGGAAGGAUUUUUAUUAUUAUUUUGUUUCGACUACGGCAGACUAACACGGCUACCUUCCUGUAACUUGUUAUAAAGGGAUUGUAUGUGCACCUGCUGGUUCUUCAAGCAGCUGACUUCCAAAGAUAGUCUAUACAUUCCCUAGUGCUCACCAGUCUGAAGUAGGGUGGUGGGUAGGGAACUAUAUAAAAUUCUCUUCUCUCCAAGAUAACUUCAUCUUGCUCCCAGAUUUUAUUUUUACUUGGUUUUUUAAAGCCGUCCUUAAAAACAACAACCAACCACACACACACACACACGCACACACUGCGCUUUGAAAAUCAUGUGCUGUUAGACUGUAAUAAUCUGUAUUUGGAUUUAGGAGGAGGAGGAAUAUUAGAGUUGGAAAUGUGAAAAAAGGGCCACUGAAAAGCGACAGUAGGAAAAGAGGGUGAAAGGUUUUAGGGCUGCCUUCCUCUGCCUUGCAUUCACCAACCCAAAAGGCCCAGCAUUUGGACAGCACCACGUUAGGGAAGGCUGGUUUAGGAAAUUCCUUGUUCCAGUCAUAUUCAUUCAGUACUACUUAAAUUUCAGAACCGCCCAUUGAGCUCUGGGAAGCUUGCAAAAAACAACAACAAACAAUAAAACACACAUACAAUUCAAUAAGGCAUAGGAUCUGAGCGCUGGCUUCAAAACGAAAAUCAGUACCCCAGCAGAAAACAGAAUUGUAUAAAAGCAGCUUAGAAACUGGUGAAGGAGAACAAGGGCUCUGAUCCAAAAUGCAAUUCCUCAAUCGCUGUUGUUUAAUCCUGGGUAAUUGCUCACUGAAAUUCAUGCUUCUAAGGAAUAAGAGUAUAUUUUGUCAUGAUGUAAAUGAAAAGUGAAAGAUUUUACCUGAUUAUCUACAGUUUUAAUUCACUGUUCUCUCAAGUUACUUUCUGAUUUGGUUUACCGUUUAUAACCUUACAUUUGGUCAGGAUCCACCCACUCAAGAAAAGGAGUUGAUGUAUAGAUGGCAUUUAACACCAGUAAAAUUAGCCAAAAUGUAUAGAAUGAGUAGUAAAUCUUGCUGGAAAUGUAAAGAUAAAGAUGGUGAUUUUUAACAUAUUUGGUGGACAUGCGAAAAAGUAAAAAGAUUUUGGGAAAUGAUAUAUAAUGAAUCGAAAAAGAUGUCUAGGUAUACCUUUCCCAAAAAACCUGAGGCUUUUCUAUUGGGACUGAUGGGAGAGGAAAUAACAAAGGGAGAUCAGAGACUAUUUAUGUAUGCUACAACUGCAGCUAGGACUUUAUUAGCCCAAAAAUGAAAACUACAAGAGACACCGACAAUUGAGGAGUGGCAGACGAAAACGAUUGACUAUGCAGAGUUAGCAAAGUUGACCUGCGGGAUCCGAAACCAGGGAGAGACAAAGUUCCAAAAGGAAUGAUGGAGUAAAUUCGUGGACUAUAUGGAGAAGAACUGUAGAAGUUUAAAGACACUUGCAGGACUGAAAUAAAUCCUACAAAUUGGUUUUAACUAGAUGGACUAAAAGAAACUGCGAGAUAGGAGCGGGAAAGAAAACUGAAUGAUGGGAGGGAGGGAAGUCAAAGCUCGGCAGAGCAAAAUGAACUGAGAUAGGCGAAUAUAAGAUAAAAUGUAAAAAAAAAAUUGUUUUUUGUUUUUGUUUUGUUUUUAUUUAUCUGGAAAAUUUAAUAAAAAUUAUCUUUAAAUAAAAAAUAAAUAAAAGGAGAAGAUACAAUAGCUCUGCUCCACUUGGCACGCUGCCCUUAGUAAGCCUUUGGAGAGAGCUAGUACCUGGAUGUCUUCAUGUUCUGUCUUGAAAACAUGCCUAAUUAUUCCUUUGCCUUCACCUGCUCCACCUCCUGUAUUGAUCGCUACAGCCACAGCAAUAUUCAUUAGCAGAAAGUAAUUGUUUUCAUUUAAGCUGAUCUUAAUUGCUGCCAAAAAAAUAUGACGCCGGAUAACAUUUUUAAUAACAGAGCUUGUUAACGACAGCAGUAAGUAGCAGGCUUUUCAAGGCCUGCCUUGUGACUCAGUCAUGUCUAAAGAAAAGCCAGAAAGCAGCUACUGCAGUAUUUGAGUGCCAAGCCCUCCACACUCAUGCAAUUUCCUGAUUGAAAUCUUUCCACUGCAGGACACUUCCAGACUCUCAAAUUCUGUCUUUCACCCUAUGAUGUGUAGAUUGUAGAAGAUGCUGCCUCGUGCGGAGUUGUACAUCAUAGUAAUCACACCUCUGGAAACAUAUACUUUACAGUCAUCCUUCCUGUGAAUAUGGCUUAACUGCCGACGUCACCUCGGCCAUAAAUCCAGGAGAGACAGCAAACACUUCAAGGGCAGCCGUGGGGAACUUCCUUCAGCUCAAGGGCAACGUUCCCUUCUGGACAGCUUUCGGGGCAGGGGCUGCGGGGGUCACAUGCCACUGCAGAGGCAAAAGUGGACUGAACAAUGUAAAAAUUUGCCUUUGUACAGGAGGUUUGUUUUUACACACUCGCGCCCAACACAAACCCCUUGAAAACAGGCAAGGGGCAUUAUCAGAGUUCAAUACCACAUUGCAAGCAGCUGAAAACCCUCAAGGAAGGUGCAAAGCAGGACGAGCGAGAGGAGGGUCUCCUGGGGAAGAGGACAUAAUAAUAAUAAUAAUAAUAAUAAUAAUAAUAAUAAUAAUAAUAAUAAUAAUAAUAGUUUAUUGUUUAUACCCCGCCCAUCUGGCUGGGCUUCCCCUGCCACUCUGGGCGGCUUCCAACAAACAUUAAAAUACAUUAAAUAUCACAGAUUAAAAACUUUCCUAAACAAGGCUGCCUUUAGGCAUUUUCUAAAUGUCAGGUAGUUGUUUAUCUCUCGGACCUCUGAUGGGAGGGUGUUCCACAGGGUGGGUGCCACUACCGAAAAGGCCCUCUGCCUGGUUCCCUGUAGCUUUGCUUCUCGCAGUGAGGGAACCGCCAGAAGGCCCUUGGUGCUGGACCUCAGUGUCCGGGCAGAACGAAGGCCAGAUAGGAAGGCAAGGACAGCAGCAUCUAUGCCCUGGACUUGCAGUUCCCCAUCAUGGCUUCAGGGGAUCGUAUAAUAAAUUGCAGGAUGAUCUUCAGCUAGAGAGAGCUGGGUAGAUGGGCAAAAGAACAGCAUGUUUUCAUUGUCAUUUUUUUUUACAAACCGGUUUUUCUCAGCUAAAUAUCCUCAAAAAGAAGCUCACCAAAAAGCAAGUGCUAAAUACAAUAAUACAAUCCAUAAUAAGCCAUAUUGCUGCAGAAUAACACACAAAAAUAAUAGCCAACAAUUAGCAAUCCAUUUGACGUAUAUAAACAUUUAACAAAACACACAGCUUGUUAAUACAAGUCAAAAUAUCCAAUUAAGGGACCGCUGUUCUGGCAAGCAGCUCAUUUCUGGGUGCUCCCAAGGCAGGGGGGGGGGGCAAGGCAGAUGGAAAAAGCCCCCCUUGUAGGGUUGCCACCUUUGUUCUGGCAAAAUGCAGGGCAGGGCAGAGCGGGUGGUUUGGGGGACAAUUUCGUUUUGUUUUUCAUCUAGUGCUGAAGUAACUUCAAAGCAAUCCGUUGCAGCCUAAUAAGAUGGCCCUAACUAGGGAGAGAGAGGAUCUGAACUACGGGACAAAACAGUAUCAAUACAGGACGUAGCAUUUUACAUUGAAAUACAGGACAAUAAUGUAUUAAUAUAGGACAGGUGGCAACUCUCCACCCCUGGGUGUCCAACACAGAGUCUCUCACCCCCUCGCAUUCAACAAAACCAAAGGGAUAACAAAGAAAAGUGAGUUUGACUUUAUAUGGUCUCAAUUUGUAUCAUUUAUUAACAAUAGUAAGGUAAAGAGACCCCUGACCAUUAGGUCCAGUCGUGACCGAAUCUGAGGUUGCGGCGCUCAUCUCACGUUAUUGGCCGAGGGAGCUGGCGUACAGCUUCCAGGUCAUGUGUUUACCUUCCCGCUUGGAGCGGUACCUAUUUAAUUGCACUUUGACGUGCUUUUCAUAGAAUCAUAGAAUCUUAGGGUUGGAAGAGACCACAAGGGCCAUCCAGUCCAACCCCCUGUCAAGCAGGAAACACCAUCAAAGCAUUCUUGACAGAUGGCUGUCAAACCUCUGCUUAGAGACCUCCAAAGAAGGAGACUCCACCACACUCCUUGGUAGCAAAUUCCACUGCCGAACAGCUCUUACUGUCAGGAAGUUCUUCCUAAUGUUUAGGUGGAAUCUUCUUUCUUGUAGCUUGAAUCUAUUGCUCCGUGUCUGCUUCUCUGGAGCAGCAGAAAACAACCUUUCUCCCUCCUCUAUAUGACAUCCUUUUAUAUAUUUGAACAUGGCCAUCAUAUCACCCCUUAACCUUCUCUUCUCCAGGCUAAACAUACCC